GUUUAGUGUGUAUUUUAACAUUUAUUUUUAAGAUAUUUUAGUUAUAGCAUAGAUGUACUGAUAGUUGAUUGUUUUAUCUAAAUGAAACUGUAAGGGAUUAAACAGAUUUCAUGAAUGUUACGGUACGUACGGUCCACCCAUAUAUUUGAAUUAAUAAGUUGUGUUUUAUGUAAUUAACGGAAACAGAAAUGGAUGACGAUUCUGAUGAAGUUUUAAAUGUAAGAUUUGGAUCUUCAAUUUCUGAAGACAGCAAAGUUACUUUUCACAAAGUUGAAACAAUUCGAUCUGUGUCCAACUAUUCUCAUCCAAGAAGCAAUGGGUCUUUACAAAACUAUGACGACACGGCUUCGGGUAGUUUACGUUCAUAUACAGAAGAAAUUGUCACUAAACUUCAAGCAAGUCUUCAUGCACAAGAACAAAAAAAUAAAUCCUCUGAAUUUAAAAUCAAGUCACUUGAAACCGAACUGGCUUCUUUGAAAAUGGAGUAUGAAAUGAAAUGUGCGGAGGUAAAACAAAAAGACAGUGAACGAAUUGCAGGAAUGGUGGAAGAAAUUAUCGAAGCUCAAAAGGAAAGGGAAGCUUCUGUUUUAGCUCGAAUGAAGCGUGCUGUUCAAGAAAGGGACGAAGCAAUUUUAAGAGCAAAGGCUUUGUCAAUGGGACCAAGAUUAAGAGGUGAUGAGAAUAAUAAUGGAAGGCAAUCAAAGCUACAAGAGUUGGUGUCAUUAUUGUGUGAAGCAGGGACUGGAAGAGCUGCUGUAGAAUAUUCAAACAAGAUUAAGAGUCAACUUGAUAACAUGAGAAAAAUGAAAGAUGAAAUUACCAGCGAGGAAAUGAAAACAUUAAUUUGUGAAAGAGAUGACGCUGUGCAAAAGUGGCAUGCAUUAAAGUGCUCAACACCAGUAGCAGCCACAAGUAAUGCAGAAAAAAAGAAACACGGCGUUGAAAAGAAAAAUUUAGUAAACGCUUGUGUUCAAGUCAAUACAGAACCACUUGCUGGAUCACUAAUGGAUCUUUCUCACGAUGGUAAGGAAGUUGAAAUGUUAAGAAUUUGUUACAGUUUGCACAAAUCAUUGGUGGAGAAUAGUAGGUUGGUGGUGGAACAUGCUGAACAAAAAGAUGCUGAGAGACUUGUGGAAGCUUUAAGAAUUGAGCAAGAUCACAAUCGCAUCCAGGAGAUCAACAGCAGGAGGCAGGAGGAACAACUUCGUCGAUUAACAGAGAAAAAUGAAAGACUAGAAAGAUUAGUAACUGUAUUAAGAAAAAAACUUGCCUUGCUUGCUCAGCAGUCAAUGGGUUCUGUGGCCAAGAAACAUCAAUAAGUCUAUAUUUUUAUAUAUAUAUAUGUUGUUUGCUAUACUUUUAACUGUACUUAUUUUGGUGUUUUAUUAGAAGGUGAAAGCCAUUAGUUUGAAGUUGUUUUUGUAGCUGCUGUUAUGUUUCAAUGUAUCUUGCAUAUUUAUUUUUGUUGCUAUAUAUUUGUACAAUUUAUUUAAAUCUAUUACAGCUUGAACUGUUUUUACUUGAAUUUGCACUAAGUGUUAAACAAAUAAUUAAGAUUUCUUCCUAA